UGACAUCCGCAGCACUCACCAGCACUCGAUACCGCAGCACUCACCACCACUCAAACACUCCACACCACGAACAACCCACCAUGCCUGCCCCCACCGCGCUCCAGCGCCGCCCCUCCGAGCUCGCCGCCGCCUUCGCCAGCCCCGACCUCCCCGGCGACGAGCCCACCGCCUCGGCCGCCCUGCUGGACAUGCACGCCGUCGCCUCGGCCGCGCAGCCCGACGCGCCCCUGACGAGCGACACCGCCAUGCUGGACGAAAGCGGGCGCCCACAGUUCGCCCCGAGCGCCAACACGCCGCUCGCCUUCCGCCGCGAAACACGCAAAGUGCCGAUCCCGCCGCACCGCCUGACGCCGCUCAAGACCGCCUGGCCGAAGAUCUACCCCCCGCUCGUCGAGCACCUACACCUGCAAGUCCGCAUGAACACGAAAACCCGCAGCGUCGAACUGCGCACCUCCUCUCUCACCACCUCGCCCAGCGCCCUCCAAAAAGGCGCCGACUUCCUGCGCGCCUUCACCCUCGGCUUCGACGUCGACGACGCCAUCGCGCUCCUCCGCCUCGACGACCUGUACAUCGAGACCUUCGAGAUCAAAGACGUGAAGACGCUGCAGGGCGAACAUCUCGGGCGCGCAAUCGGCCGCAUCGCAGGCAAGGACGGCAAGACGCGGUUCGCGAUUGAGAAUGCGAGUCGCACGCGCGUGGUGCUGGCGGAUGCGAAGGUGCAUAUCUUGGGCGGGUUUAAGAAUAUCCAUGUUGCGAGGGAGAGUAUUGUGAGUCUGAUUUUGGGGCAGAAUCCGAGUAAGGUGUAUGGCAACCUGCGGACGGUGGCGGGGCGGAUGAAGGAGAGAUUCUAGGGGAGGUGUGUGUGGGCGUGCAUUGCGUGUUGUGUGCAGUAGGGACAUGUGCAUUUCUGGCGUUCAGGGGGGGAUAUCCGGCGUGUUAUGAGGCAGAUAUGGGUAGACACGAAUUUACUUCUUUGUUCACA